AUGGGCAAAUCGUCAAAAGGAAAGGGAGGAAAAAACAGAAGAAAGGGAAAGAACGUGAACGGCGGUCAAAAGAGAGAAUUGAUCCACAAGGAGGAGAGCCAAGAGUAUGCUCAAAUUACCAAGAUGUUAGGUAACGGCAGAAUCGAGGCCAGCUGUUUCGAUGGCAUCAAGAGAAUGGGUCACAUCAGAGGUAAGUUGAGAAAGAAGGUCUGGAUGGGUCAAGGUGACAUCAUCUUGGUCUGUUUGAGAGACUUCCAAGAUGACCAAUGUGAUGUGGUGCACAAGUACAACUCCGAUGAGGCUAGAACCUUGAAGAACAUCGGUGAGUUGCCAGAGAGUGCCAAGAUCAACGAGACCGACACUUUCGGCGCCGACGACGACGAGGAUGUCAACUUCGAGUUCGGUGACGAUUCCGAAGACGAUGAAGAUGACGACGAGUUGGAUAUCGAUGACCUUUAA